UGCGCACAGUUAAUUGAGAAUGAACUGAGCGGUUUCCUUACAAGGAAUUUGGCAGUCAAUCAAUUUCCCAAUGAAUCUAAAAAUAGGUCGGUUAAUAUGGAUAUUCUACAAGGAACACACGAAAAUAAUUCCACUCCAAAGAAAAGUGUAAUCCGAGAACCAAUUUAGAACAUACAGUGCCCAGCUGUUUCGUGAGCAACAUAACUACACACAUUGAGGAUGUCCUCAAUGUUUGGAAAAGCGAGGACCUGCAAUGUAGUUAAUGUAUGUGCUGUUCCAGACCGUGGGCUACAGGAGUGCAAUAUCGCUAUUCUAGGAAUAACAGGAUCAGGAAAAUCAGCUCUGACAGUGAAGUUCCUCACUAAGCGCUUCAUCAGUGAAUACGACCCAAAUCUGGAGGAUACCUACACUUCUGAAGAAAUCGUGGAUCAGCAAUCUGUUGUUGUGAAAGUCAUGGAUACAGCGGAUCAGGAUGGGCCAGUGAACUGUGAGCGCUAUCUGACCUGGGCUCAUGUCUUCAUGGUGGUGUACAGCAUCGACAACCGCAGCAGCUUCGAGGGCUGCCAGCAGUACCUGGAUGUGGUGACGCUGCACACCAAGGGGCUGCAGCUGGAGGUGCCCAUCAUUCUGCUGGGCAACAAACUGGACAUGGAGAGAUACAGGCAGGUGAGCAAGGCGGACGGCGCGUCCCUGGCCUCCAGGCACGGCGCCGUGUUUCACGAGGUGUCGGCCUGCCAGGACUUUGACGCGGUGCAGCGGGUGUUCCACGAGGCGGUGCGCGCAGCACGCCGGGAGGCGGAGAGGAGCCCACCGGUCCGCCCGCUCUACAUCAGUGAGGAGCGGCCCGUGGUCAGCCUGGCCUCGGCCCCCGCCCUCGCCUCCGGCUGCAAGGAGCUGCCCUCGGUCGCCACGGCCAAGCUGGUCACCGUCAAGUCCUCGCGGGCCCAGAGCAAGCGCCGCGCGCCCACGCUCACCCUGCUCAAGGGCUUCAAGAUCUUCUGACAGCAGCAGGGCCUCCGCAAGCCGGCUGGAGACCCCGGAGCCCCUUCUCUCGGAGCACCGCGCUUCUUUCGAAAUGAUUACAAGCAGCGCUGGGACAAACUGUCAGAUCUGGGCAAGAGGGGGAUAAAAUGACGAUCCAGGAUUCA